UUUCCAUUCUUUUCUUCCUUCCUUCCUUUCUUUUUCUCUUCCCUUUCUCUGUUUACUUUCUUCCCAUUAUUCUCAUCUCACAAAAACCCUUUUUCUUCUUCUUCUUCUUCUCAAUGAAAUGAACCACCACCAAUCCAACCCCAUCAUCAUUCAUCAUCAUGGUCUCUUCUUCUUAGCUACCUUCAAACUCAAAAACCCAAAGAGAGACAGAUAAAAAGAAAACAAUAACAACCUAAAAAAAAAACAGAGACAAAAACACAAACACAUGGCAGGCAUAGCAAGUUUCUUCAACAAGUUCCUGUCUAUGUUCAUCAUCCUCAUUGUUCACCUUGGUUGCUUCAUCUUCACCACCAGCUACACAUCAACAACAACAAAGCAAGAAAACAACAACAACAAUAAUAAUAAUUUCUUGCAACCAUCUUCAAAGAAACGCAAAAUCUCACCUUCAUCACACUCACAACCCUCUUCACCUUCCCACCCAAAAUUCAAAACCCACAAAGCACUCUCUUCUUCUUGGCAUUUCAUCAAACACUUGUUCACCGCCACCACUGCCACCACAACCAGCAACUCCGCCUCCGCCACCGUUACCGCCGCCAGGUCCUCUCAGAAUUCUCUUAUUUCCUCAUUGCAAUCCGACCCGAGUUCCAUGAACGUUCCUCGUCGGAACUUGCCCGGAUCAUUGGUCCGACCCGAAUCUGAAAUCUCCGGCGAGUUGGACAGCGGCCUCUUCUUCCCUCUCCGGAAUGAUAUAUUCCCCUGCACCGCGUGCGGCGAGAUCUUCCAGAAGCCGCUCCUACUGGAGCAGCAUCAAUCUACGAAGCACGCGGUGUCGGAGCUACCCGGAUCCGACCCCGGUCACAACAUAGUCCAGAUCAUAUUCAAGUCGGGUUGGCCCGAGAUCCGAAAGUUCCCGAUCAUAACCCGGAUCCUUAAGAUCCAUAACAGCCAAAAGAUUCUCUCGCGGUUCGAGGAGUAUCGCGAGGCUGUCAAGGAGAGGGCCGCGCUUCACGGCGGCAUAAUGUCCACGCGCCGCCGUGACGAGCGGUGCCUCGCCGAUGGCAAUGAGCUUAUGAGGUUUCACUGUUCAACUUUUUUAUGUGAUUUGGGACUUAAUGGGAAUUCUUCAAUUUGUUCGCAACAAUUUUGUAAUAUUUGUGGGAUAAUUAAAUCAGGGUUUUCCCCGAAAUUAGAUGGAAUUUCCACGUUGGCAUCCAGCUGGAGGGCACACGUGUCAAUCCCAGAAGAUAUUGAAAGUGAAUUUCGCUUCAUGAAUGUAAAGCGAGCCAUGCUGGUUUGUAGAGUUAUUGCGGGUCGGGUCGGAUCGGAUUCAGACGAAGCUGAAAAGGAGGAUGGUGGGAGUUUCGACUCCGUGAUGGCACGUGGCGGUGACAGCGGAGUGUACACUCGGCUAGACGAGGAGGAGCUUUUGGUGUUUAAUCCUAGGGCUGUGCUUCCUUGCUUUGUGAUUGUGUAUAGUGUGUGAUUAAAUUUUGUGUGAAAACUUUGCAUAAUUUAGAUAUGUGCAAAUUUUGUGAUUGGUUGGAAUAAAAUUGAGCCCAUUUUUGUUCUAGUCAAUUAUAAAAAUUUACACAUAAAUAAAUAGUGGAAAAGUUUUACAUUAGAGAGAGUUCACAAAGUAGUGUGUGGAAUUGAUCAAAAGGUUAUGAUGGUGAAGAGAUGUAAUGUUAAUUUUGGUAUAUGUAUUUUGUAGUUUAAGUGAUGAUUUUUGACAUAAUCCAUGUUAUUGGAUCAUUUGGCACAAAAUUUGUGCAUUAAACUGACACUUAGUAUAGAAAUCAAAUAGAGUUUAUAUGUAAAUGUUAUUGUCUUUGCUGUUGUAUGAUAUUUCCUUGAUUGUGUGAUUAA